AUGCUCUUGUGGUUGGCACUGCUUGCUUCAGCCCAAGCCGCACAGCUUGUGGUGCCGCAAGCCCAACCGCCGGAUAUCGGAAUUCAGAGCGAGACGCUCACGACAAUCCUUUCCAACUCCAAGCAGCAUGGUAUUUUCGUCCGACUCCUGCAGCGCACGCGACUCAUUCCGGUGCUCAGCCAUAUGAAUGGCACCGUCUUCGCUCCUACAGAUCAAGCGUGGCGAGACUGGGAGAAGAAACACAAGCCUGACGAAGGCAAUCAGCUCGACUCAGCCGACGACGGGCGGUAUCUCGGUUGGCUCGGUAGCUCUGGAUUGGACGAGUGGAUCGAGGACGCCGAGCCCCUUCCCAUCGCAUCUGAUCCCACGAUUCUCGACAACCAACACUUCGCACUCCGACAGCAUCUCCUCUAUCACGUUCUGAACUACACGAUUACGGAAGAUGAGUGGCUUGGGAAGCCGCCCAAGAACAAGAGCCUCAUGAUCGAUUCAGACGACGAACCCGUCCCCAUUCCGGGGAACAUUACGGUCGAGGAGACACUUCUGUUCCCUCAGGAGAAAGCACCCAAGGCGCCCGUUCCAGGUGGACCUUGGGUUCCAGGCGACGGUAACGGCUUACUGGGGCACCAAGGUCAACGCCUUCGUGUCGCUCGACCUGGUUCUCAGAUCGGAGGCGAGCGCGGUCUCAUCGGCCUAAACGAGCGAGGCGAGGAAGGCACGGGCGUCUGGGACGGCAGCGGAUGGUCGACUGAGCCUCCUGACCACCACUUCAACGGAAAUAAGGACGAAGGCGACGGCGGCGACAAGGACAAGGAUGGAGACAAGGAUAAAGAUGGAGACAAGGACAAGAAGCGCAAGGAUAAAUACAAGAGCGGCGGCCGCUGGGGUAGGAACGGCGGCGUCAUCGGCAUCACUGGUGUUCUGACGCCCCCGCCCAGCAUGUCCGACGCCAUCAAGGCCCAUCCGAAACUGCAGUACCUUGCCCGGCUUCUUGCAAACGCGCUUCCCGAUCCAUUCCCGCCGUUCCUCAACUCUGCGCCCCAUGUGACGCUCUUCGCCGCCAGCGACGAUGCAUUCAAGACGGCAUUCGAUGAGCAAGAGAGGACAUACCUAGAGGGCCCCUUCGGAGCUGAGGGCGUCACCCGAGCCAUCGGCCCAACUCUUAUGAUGACUAAGGAGAUUGGCUGGAGCACGAUGUUUAAGGCGAAGCCCAAGAAUGUGACGACGGUGACCGACGCGCUUGAGAUCGUCAAGGACAGCAAGGAAGGUCACCUGAUAGUCAACGGAACCACCGCCGAUGUCGUCGACAUUUAUACUGCCAACGGCGUCAUCCACAUUCUGCCGAAGCUGAUCCUCCCCGACGGCUUUGAGCUUCUGAAUAGUGUCGAGAAGGUCCUGCUGUCGAGGAACGCUACGCGCUUCGUGUCUCUCAUGAGGUCGGCCAAUCUCAGCGAGAAGUACAUGGGCGUCGGAAAGGACAAGGAGUACACCGUUCUCGCGCCCACGGACGACGCGAUCGACUACCUGCAUUGGUACACCAGCCGUUUCUCAAUGCAGACCGACGCCGAGGCGCUGUUUACGCAAGCGCAGCCUGGUCUUGUCACUAUCCCUAGUGGCGAGGCCGAUGACAAGCCCGACCUACCGCCGGAUGUGUCGCCUCUUGCCGCCUUAUUGCAGUAUCACAUCGUCGCUGGUCGCCUCAAGCCCCGCGAUCUCACCGACGGCAUGCUCUUGGAGACCGAACUGCACACGAAGGCUCUUAAAGGUAAGGCACAGCGCCUUCCAGUGGCCAUAUCUGAUCAGCGCCGUACUCCGAAGGACGCGCCCGACGAAGAGCUUCGAUUCGGAGGCGCCUUGGUGCUCGGCCCACCCGUCAAGUCCGGGAAGAGCAUCAUCUACUUUGUCUCUGCCAUUUUGACUCCGCCUCUCGACAUGCUGCAGACGGCUGUUGGCGAUCUUCAGCUCUCGACAUACAUCGCAGCCGUAUACGCGGCAGGGUUGGAGAAGUCUUUCAACAAGAAUCCCGCUACCACCUUCUUCAUCCCAUCCAACAAAGCGUUCAGCAACCUCGGCCUCGUCACGCAGUAUCUCCUGCUCCCCGAAGCUAGGGACGAGAUCAGGAAGGUGCUCCACUAUCACGCCGUCGAGAAGCUUGUCUACACGCAAGAUCUCGAGAUCGGCAACGCGGUGUACAAGUCCAUGGAGGGUGGGGACUUUGUCUUGACAAAGAACGAGAACCAGACCAAAACAAUCUCGAAGCGGAAAACUCUGUUCACCGUUCGAUCUCCAUCCAAGUGGCCUGGACACGACAGCGGCACGUCUUUGCCGAGUAACGCCGAACUGGCUUCCAGCAACGUUACGGACGCCGACCAUUUGACGGAGACCGGCGUCAUCCAUGUCAUUGACGGUAUCGUUAUCCCUUCCGACCUCAACAUCACAAUCGCGCAGCUCAUUCGUGGUUCGAAGCAGCGCACGAUGGUCGAACUCCUUAUCAAGGCUGGCUUUGGCUGGAUUCUUGAGGGCCGCCAGCCGUCAAAGGAGGAGGCCAUCCAUGCCGGUCUUAUCGGCAAGGGUGGCAAAGGUGGAAAGGGUGAUGAUGACGGAGGGGACGACGACGACGAUGACGACUGGGAGAAUCUUGCCCUCCCGGCGUACACCGUACUCGUCCCCACGGAUCGCGCCUUCUCACGCAUCAACCUCACGCACUACCUGAGCGAUAAGGAAGCUCUCUCGGACCUCGUCAAGCUGCAUAUCAUUCCCUCAUCUUCCCCUGAGUACGACUCCCAGUUUGCCGGCAAGCUUGGCAGCACGCUGCCAAGGCCAGGCAGCCCGCUUAGCCUAAACGACGACAUGCUCUACCCGACACUAAACAAGGGUGACUACGGCCGCCUCGCGUUCCGCAGCAUUACGAGUCACAAUAAGGACGACGACGAUGACGAACCACCGUCUGAAGGCUUCCUCGUUGGUGUGCACAACGCGCGCGGUGUGAACUCGAAGGGCGCAGAGAUCGGCUUCGUCGGGCGGGCUACUGUGCGCUGGCGUCGCAACUCCGAUGAUGAUGAUGACGAAGACCCCGAGGACCCGAAGGUCAAGGUCAAGCAUGCGCUGAGGUCUCGACUCUGGCGUGAGCACUCCAUCAGUGACACGCCCCUGCUGCGCAACGGCAUGACGCUUGGCGGCGGUGUGCUCAUGAUCGACGCCGUACUGGAGCCGUAUCACCCCUCGUGGUUCGUGCGCUACCAGCCCCUGUUGCUGACGCUGGGCAUCGGCUUCGUUGUCAUUGCUCUCCUUGGUGCGGCUGGCUGGUGGUGGAAGAACAACAAAGGCGGUAAGAUCGCUCUGCCUUUGACGGACGAGGACGAGGAGGAGCAGGAGCAGCGUAACCGAACCUGGCGUGACGGCCUGCACCAUGCCAACGGGAACGGAAAUGGAAACGGCGUCCACCCAAGCGAGAGCACAUAG